UUUCAAAAAAGCGAAGGAUUCAAAAAAGUUCUAUCAAUUCUGGUUUUCUACUAAAUGAAACAUUAACAUUCAUACUUUUGUCGACCGAAAAAAGUGAGCAAUACAUCGCAGGUGCCGUCCUUGUUCACAAACUGAGUGCAGUACUUUCUGAACAAUGGAAAUCAUGUCCGUGCAGUCCUCAUCGUCGACUUCGAUAGAUGGUUGCAGCGAUAUGGAAGAACGCCUUGCCCGCGAACGAGAACGGCUGCGGGUUGCCCAGAAACGGCUGAACCUGCAAAAGGAGCGCCUCGUUUUAGACCGAGAAAUGCUGGAGGCCGACAAGAAAAAUUUUAGAAAGACCGCGAAACUUGCUUCGAAGAGGAACUCCAUGUGGAGCCAGGGGUUAGCAAACGCUGCUGCCGGCACUGCGGAGCGAGACACGACACGACAAGUUGAACUUGGGCGAGACGUAGAAACCCUCCGGAGCCAAAUACAAAGUUAUCGUGAAAAAGAAGAACAAUGGGAGCAGCGCGACAAAGAACAAACCAAGAAUCUAGCCGCUGCUGAAGUGGCAGUCAUCGAGUCCUCCAGACAACUCAAUCUCAAAAUACUCAAUUUGGAAAGAGAUUUGAAGGCAACAAAAGACGAGCUUGUCGUUUCGACAGAGACUCAUGCGAAAGAAAAAGAACGAUGGGAAAACGGUAUACUCGAAUUCGUGAAGAGCGAUUCGUCAGCCGAUGAGGAGAUACAGCGUCUCAAUCUCCUUGUCGACAAAUUUGAACUGGAAAACAAAUUACUCAAAGAUGCGAACCGCUCUAACCAAGACGUCUCCGAGACGUUGUCGAUUUCUUUUUCUGCUUUGGAAGGAAAUGCCGAGAUGUCUGAAGCUCUUCAGAAAGAAUGGCGAAAAGAGAAAGAAAAUUUGGAGUCACGGAUCCGAGAUCAAAAUCAGGAAAUUGAAAAUUGGAAGUUGCUGGUGCCACGAAAUAAGAUUUUGUUGGAACAAACUCAGUCGAAGAACCAACAAUUGGUGAAAGAGCUGGAGGAAAGUCAAAGUCGAACGAAAGAACAGGCAGAAUACAUACUUGAAUUGGAGUACAAGCUAAAGGCUCAGCAACAAGAACAAGAAAUGCAGCAACAAAAUACCGAAGAGGAGACACAGGAAGAAAUGGAUACGAUCAGUUUAGAUCACGAACCAAUCGAUACUAGCGAGUCAGCUACAACAAAUACUCUACUAUCCAGUCAUCCGGGAGUGAUUAUGAUUCCUUCAGACUUCACCUCUGAACAAAGAAAGAGACUCGAAAAGAAAUUUGUAAUCGAGUGGGAAUGGACAAAUCACGAAACCAGCUUAGGAGGACUAUACACCGGAUGGCUAGAUCUGGAAGGCAAUCCUUGUGGAAACGGGACUCUCCGUAUAGACGAUGGAGGCAUCUAUAUAGGUGAAUGGAAACGUGGACUUAGAACUGGUAUCGGUGUCUACACCUCUAUUGAUGGUGCACUUUACUCUGGGCCGUGGUUGAAUGAUAAAUUUCAGGGAAGAGGAGUUUUUGUAUCGGAAGACAAUAAAGUAUAUACAGGGGAUUGGACCAACGGACUAAGACACGGAACAGGCAUAGAGACAUGGGAACAUGGCGAUCGCUAUAUCGGUCAAUAUUAUCUAGACAAGGAAAAUGGUGGGUUCUUCCAAGUUGAUUGCAUCUUCGUGCAAAACGAAGAUUGUGUCGUUGCUAUUUUGAAAUUUAGUUCUCACUCCAAUUUGUUUUGCACCCUUCCGCAUUAUUUUCCAUGAAUUAUUGUCGUAUUUUCAGGAAGAGGCACUUACACAUAUCCCCCCGAAGAUGGAAAAUCCCUAGGGAUACAAGAACAAGACCGACCGGAUGCCGAUAGAAGACAGGUAUUCUCCGAUGGAUCUGUUCUGCGUGAUAGCGAAUGGUCCAUAGGGGCUUUCGUUGGGUCCUAGUUAGCUCUUGCAUUCAAUAGCUUCACGUACAACCUAUUGGAAAAUCGAAGAACAGCUGAUUUCGAUCAGCUCACUCAUCCAUCUCACAAGAGUGUCAAAAAAUACUGUCAUGGUAAUCGUUGUAACCAAAAUUCAUAGUCUGAUAUAGUAGUGUCAGCCGUUGCUGCUAGGAGAGAUUUAGACUACUCGAAUAGAAUAGACUGGACUAC